AUGGUUCUCGAUCGCCAGUCGGACGCAGUGGCCAACUCGGUGCAUUCACCCCGCAAGAAACUGCGCAUCGGGUUCGUGCACCCUGACCUCGGCAUUGGUGGCGCCGAAAAGCUCGUGGUCGAUGCAGCCUUGUCGCUGCAACAGCUUGGACACGAGGUGGUCAUCUUCACCUCGCACCAUGAUCCACGUCACUGCUUCGAGCCCACACGCGAUGGAACGCUCAAAGUGCAGGUGAUGCGCACGUCGAUCCCACGAUCCUUUCUCGGUUCGUUCCAUCUGCCCUGCGCCAUCUUGCAGCAGAUGAGUCUGGUGUUCCAGCUGAUCUUGGCCAUCAUGCUGUUCAACUAUCCUGGGACGCUGCCUCGCUUUGUGGCGAGGCGCGUCACCUCUUCGCCGCCGAUCCCUGGAUUCGACUUGUUCUUCUUCGACCAGUUGCCGGCGGGAAUCCCGUGGCUCAAGAUCUUGUUGGCCACGCGAGUGGUGUACUACUGUCAUUUCCCGGACAAGGAUAUCAGCAACUCGAUCGCUAUGCAAAAAGCACACGCUAGAGGCGAAUCGGGUCCAUCGGUGUUGCGCAAGCUCUACCGCCUGCCAUUCGAUCUUUUCGAAGAAGGAACCACCGACUACGCGGACAAGAUUCUGGUCAACUCCGAGUUUACCUCGGCACAAUUCGUCAAGUCGUUCUUCCGUUUGAGAAGGCAGCCGCGAGUGUGCUACCCUGGUGUUGACUAUCAACAGUUCGAGCCGGAAAAGGUGGAGCAGGCGGUUAAGAAGCUCGAAAAGGAGGCGCAGGAAGUGGGCGAUCCGAUCCGGGGAUCCAUCGCACGAUUCUGCAAGGACGAAAGCAAGACGACGCUUCUUUCGAUCAACCGAUUCGAGGCGAAAAAGAACGUGGCAUUAGCCCUUGAAGCCUUUGCCAUCGCACAGAAGGAGCUGGCUGCCACAUCGACCAGCAGCGACGACGUGGGUCCGCUGCGGCUGGUUCUGGUGGGAGGCUACGACAAGCGUGUCGACGUUCGAGACGCCCACCACGGCGCCUGGACCUGA